CACCUGUUGCUAGGGUCUAUUUCUUAUAAAAUAAGUCACAUAUAACACAUUAGAUCUUAUUGAUGAUAUGACCUACAUGUACAAUGAAUGCAACAAAAAUGAUGGCAAGACAAGAAGCUCCUAUUAUACUUUUAACUUCUUUUACUGAACUCAGCAGCAAAUAAGCACUAUAUGUAUUAGAAAAAAAACUUUACAUAUAAAGUGUAGUCAAACAUAAUAUCCAGGAUGCAACCUAGUAUGCUUCACUAUUACAAUAACCAAUCAGUUCAUAGCAUAUGCCAUAUAGGUAACUGUUGUCCAUAUAGGUAACUGUUGUCCAGCUCAACAAUGAUGUCUCUUUAAGAAUCAUCUUAUUGGUCCAUUUCUAGUUGGAUUACAUGGAAAGUCAUUUUUCUCCACUCUUCCCUGAAGUUUCUUCAUUCCUAUGAAUUCUUCGCUCAAGUUUGAUAUUCUCAUCUAACAGUUCACUGCAAAGAAGAAGGAAGUUACCUGGACAACAGUUACCGACAUGGCAUAUGCUGUGAACUGGUUAUUGUAAUAGUGCAGCAUACUAGGUUGCAUCCUGGAUACUAUGUUUGAUUGCACUUUAUAUGUAAAGUUUUUUCUCUAAUACAUACAUUAUUUGCUGCUGAGUUCAGUAAAAGAAGUUAAAAACAUAAUACUCGCGUCUUAUCUUUAAAGGGGUACUCUGGUGGGAAAUUUUUUUUUUUUAGGUCUUUAUAAGUCAACCGUUGCCAGAAAGUCUUUACCCUUCCUUUACUUUUUAGCAGCUGUAUGCUACCGAGGAAAUUCUGUUCUUUUUGUCUUGUCCAUAGUGCUCUCUACUGACACCUCUUUCCAGGAACUGUCCAGAGCAGCAUACGUUUGCUAUGGGGAUUUUCUCCUGCUCUGGACAGUUCCUGAUACGGACAUCAGGUUUCAGCAGAGAGCAACUGUGGACAAGAUAAAAAAGAAAUUCAAAAAGAAUUUCCACUGUAGCUUACAGCUUCUAAAAAGUACAGUAAGGGUAAAGAUUUUUUUAAAUAGAAGUAAUUUACAAAUCUGUUUAACUUUCUGGCACCAGUUCAUAAAAAAAAAUAAAAAAUAAAAAAGUUUUCAACCGGAGUACCCCUUUAAUAAAAUCCAAAUUUUCCAUCACCAAGGAUAGGAAAAUUUCCAAUUUUAUUGAUUUAAUAGUGGACUUGCACACAUUCAGUAUAGAUGGAGAAUGGCCCCUCAGAAUUGUAUCCUCUGCUGGGCACAAGUAACCCCAGUACAACACUAGACCACAGCAUAUGAAUGACUCAAACCGUUCUGCCAUGUUUGUAUCCUUAGCACCUCUGCAGUUUACCCUAGACAGGCACGUGUUUGGCUUUACCAAGUACUUUGGACUCACAAUGUAAGUUUUUAUGAAAAUGAAGGUGGCUGAAAACCCUUUGUGUGAUUUAUGAGAAAUAGAUAAACAUUUAUCAUUGUUCCACUCUAAGUGAUAGAGUAAUAGGUAAAAAGAAUGCUGUAAAUCCUACAUUAUUGGCUGCAACCUCUUUAUGACCAACCAAAAUGAGAAAACCAAACAAACAGAAGGCUAUUUGGAUUUUUAAUAGGCGUUAUGUGAGGAAUGACCAAAAGUUCACUCAAGGGUAUUUAAAGGGAACCUGUCUUCAGAUUUUACCCUAUAAAACCACUAGUACCAUACUAUUGGCCAAUAAAUAAUCAUUCCUACUGUGUUCAUGUUAUAUCAGGCUGUUAGUGCAAACCAGAGGAAAAUAAUGGUUAUUUUCGGCAGGCAUUAUUGACAGACAAGGAGGGCGCUACGUCACUGACUGCAGCCACAAAAGUGUUGGCUUCAGGACAUCACUGCCCUCACAUGUAAUAGCCCAGAACACAGUGUGAAGAAGAGAAUCACUGCUGGAUAUCUUCCAGGAGCCAGAAAUCAAUACCAAAAGGGCAUUUUGCCAUUGGAGCCACUGUAUACAGUUAGUUGUUCAAUGUAACAGUAAAUGAUUUCUAUUGAUUUAGGGCAAUAGUUCCUGUAGUUUGUUUGCUACCCCAGUCGCCAAUGUUCAGUGUUUCAAUGUCGCAGGAUAUGGUAUCAAGCAAUUUAAUGCUAUGGUCCUAUGAGGUUAAUGGUUUUGUGACACAUUACACAGUUUUCACUGGUUUAGUGUAUAAGUCCCUUGUGUUCAGUGAUUUAGUGCCACAGUCCCUGGAUGUUAUACGUUUGAUGCCACAGUUCUGGUGUUAAGCCAUCUUUUCUCAUCAUUGAGCCUAACGCUAUGAUUUCUCUUAAGGUAAAAGAUUCUGACCUAGUCCAUUGACCUGUUCAUUGAGAGGCCAGCACAAUUUUAUUUUGAAAGAAUUGGAAACAUUGUUAAAUAUAUCUUCCUAAGCAGAUUUCAGACUUGUGAACCUGGCACUCUACCAAGGAACUAUGCAGGCUUGUAAAGUGAAGUUAUCAGAUCUUCACAAGCUGAUCUUGGUUGAAUGUUAAGAUGUGAAGAUGAGACUCAUAAAGUGAUCUUUCCUCGACUUAUUGGCACUAUAUAUUGAGCACCGUAAACAUAGAAGCAUCUUCCAAGGUUUCUUUUGGUUGGAACAGCUCAGACCCACAGACACAAUGGUUUUACCAAACAUGGAGUUACCCAAAGCUGCGAAUGCCCAAUUCUUGGUGCGAAGGGCGGUCUAUGCUGAGCCAUCUUUUCAAGAUGAAAAUGAAAAAAAAGCGAUUGUAAGAAAAACAUAUCGUGAAAGACUACAAAACAGCUGCAGGUGUUCUGGUAGAAGAGUCCUCUCGAUAAUCAAAUCUAUUCUCCCAAUAUUGGACUGGCUUCCCAAAUAUAAAUGGAAGGAGUGGAUUAUAAGUGACAUCAUCUCAGGAGUGAGUACUGGGCUGGUAUCAACUCUACAGGGAUUGUCAUUUGCCUUGCUAGCUGCAGUCCCUGUUGGUUAUGGCCUGUAUUCCGCAUUUUUCCCAGUUUUGGUGUACAUUUUUUUUGGUACCUCCAGACAUCUUUCAAUAGGACCAUUCCCUGUGGUCAGUUUGAUGGUUGGUGUGGUUGUUCUCCAAAUGGCUCCAGACACAGACUUUCCUCUAGCAAAUGCUAACAAUACAGAAAACAAUGCUACAGAUACGGACGCAAUGAAUGAAAAAAGGAUCAUAAUUUCAGGAACACUUUGCGUCUUAAGUGGAAUUAUACAGUUGGUCCUUGGAAUUCUACAGAUUGGUUUUAUUGUAAGAUAUCUCGGGGAACCACUGGUCGGAGGAUUCACAACUGCUGCAGCUUUUCAGGUUUUAGUUUCACAAAUAAAGCAACUACUUAAUGUCCCAACAAAAAAUUACAAUGGAGUAUUGUCAAUAAUAUAUACAAUUAUUGAUAUCUUCCGCAACAUUGCUCAGACCAACAUAUGUGACCUGAUUGCUGGAUUACUAGCCUUUUUUGUAUGUGUGGUGGUAAAGGAAAUCAAUGAACGAUUUAAGCAUAAGCUCCGUGUGCCGAUUCCAAUAGAAAUUAUUGUGACCAUAGUAGCUACAGGAGUGUCCUAUGGAGCAAAUUUUGAAGAAAAAUAUAAAGCUGGAAUUGUCAAAAGUAUCCCUAGUGGAUUCAUAGCACCCAAAGCUCCAGAUGUGAGUAUGUUUUCUGAAAUGAUUGGCUCUGCAUUUUCCAUCGGAAUCGUUGCAUAUGCUGUAGCUGUGUCUGUAGCAAAAGUCUAUGGAACCAAACACAACUAUCCUGUGGAUGGGAACCAGGAAUUUAUCGCCAAUGGAAUAAGCAAUCUGGUUGGUGGCAUCUUUUCCUGCUUCUGUUCCAGCACUGCUCUCUCACGAACUGCAAUCCAGGAGGGCACCGGUGGAAAGACUCAGCUUGCCAGCCUAGUUUCCGCCAUAGUGGUACUUAUUGCAAUAAUGGCAUUAGGAAGGCUCCUGGAACCACUGCAGAAGUCUGUUUUGGCAGCUAUUUGCAUAGCCAAUCUGAAAGGCAUGUUCUGGCAGGUUCGUGAUGUGCCCAAACUUUGGAGAGAGAACAAGUGGGAUUCACUUAUCUGGGUAUUUACAUGUAUCGCAGCCAUUAUUCUUGGCCUGGAUUUGGGGUUAUUGGCUGGUCUGGUGUUUGGGUUACUGACCGUUGUUCUGCGUGUCCAAUUCCCUUCCUGUUGUUCUCUUGGAAAUGUCGGAAACACAGAACUUUACAAGGAUAUGAAAAUUUACAAAGACCUUAUUGAGCCAGAUGGAGUGAAAAUUGUGCGCUUUUCUAGUGGUAUUUUCUAUGGUAAUAUAGAAGGACUGAAGAGCGGCAUUAAAAAAAUUGUUGGAUUUGAUUCUGUUAGAGUUUUUACAAAAAGGACAAAAGCCUUGGGGAAAAUCUAUAAACUGAUAAAGAAAGGACAGCUGAAAACAACAAAGAAUGGUGUUAUCAGUCCAGUGGGUAUAGACAACUUUGGCUAUGAAUCAGAUGAUGAUCUUGGGGAUCCUGAAGCACCUGAAAAUGAUGGAAUUAAGACAAAGGAAGUUGAGAUUCAAGUAGACUGGAACUCUGAGCUGCCUGUUAAAGUUUCCGUCCCAAAAGUAUCCAUCCACAGCAUUAUUUUUGACUUUAGUCAGAUAACUUUCCUUGAUGUGGUGGCUGUAAAAGUCCUGAAGCUGAUAUUUAAAGAAUUUAAGAGGAUUGAUGUAGAGCCUUACAUUGCUUCUUGUGACGAUAACAUGUUUAAGAAGCUGGAAAUCUGCUCUUUCUUUGACGACAUCAUCAAGCCUGAUAUCUUUUUCCUUACCAUUCAUGAUGCGGUCUUGCACAUAGAACAUUCACAGAAAUUUAAGGAUGGAAAUGAUCCCCUUCUUGAGAAGAUUUCACUAAUGGCAGAAUCAAAAUAUCCAUAUGAACAUCUGAUUAUAGAUCCAGCAUACCGGGACCUACAGGAACCAGACGAGGCAAUGAGAGCGCUGGCAUUCUGAAGAAAACAAAGAAUGUUGUCUUUAAUAAUUCAGCAUGUAUCUGGACUCUACAGUUUUUAAUAUGUAUUCAACCUCUGCUGAGAAUAAAACCACCAAUCUACCACCAAACUGAACCCUUCCAUUUCACACAUGCAUCAUCUUUCUGGAGGACCCGAAUAAUUCUAUGUCAACAGAUUUGGAAAAGUCAAUCAAUAAUUUUGUAAAAAUAAGAUGUGUGAAUUUGCAUUUGUCUUAAAUAUCCUAAAAGAGUUUAUGCCUCUUAUUGUUUAUGGUCAUUAGGGCCCAUUGAUAAGUAUAUACAUGCUUUCUAUUUGAAGUAGUAUGUUCAGUUAAAGGCAAGUUGGUGGUAAGGUGCCUCGACAACCCAAGCUCCCAUGUCACUCUUUUGAUGAGUCUUGAGGCUGACUGGAGGAGUGGUUGGCUUUGCUAUACCUUAUAUCACAAACAUGCUCUUAGGCUUGUGUUAUAUAAAAGAUUCCAGCCCACAUUAGAAUGGAAGACCAAAUUGACACAAUAUUAAUGUACAAAUAAAAUAUCCUCUAGUUAAAAGUCACCUAUCUUAAUAACAAGUUCACUUUAAAAAGAUGCCCUUUAUUUUAUAAGGACUGUAUAUACAUAUAUUAUUGAAGAUCACACUGAUCAGCUGUAAAAUUACAAUCAUGUUGUUACAAUUUUGUGUAAAUCCUUCCUGUGCCACUAAAAAUAGCCCAAAAGGUUAGCAGAACUUUGGCCAGCUGGCCACUACAAAGCUGUAAUCCACGGUGUGUUCUGACACUUUUCUAUCAUAGUUUGCAUUACCUUUGUCAGCAAUGUGCGCUACAGUAGGACAGUAGAUUGGACCAGAAAGGCUAGCCUUCACUUCUUACUUGCACCAAUGAGACUUGGGCAUCCAUGAUAUGUUGCUGGUUUUCCAGCUGUCUUUCCUAUGACCACUUUUGAUAGGUCACUAAACUCUCAAGAAGACAGAAAAACCGGCACCAUGCAUGAUUCCUUGUGCAGCAAACAGGUAUGGCAGCCUAAAAAUGGAUUCAGGUGUGUUCAGGUAGAAACGGCGGGCGGCGCUGCACGCCAACUAUAGAAAUAAUG